AGUAAGAGCCAGAAGGGCCUAGAUUAAACUCUUGGCUCUACCUUUUACUAACUGUGACCUUGAGCAAGUCACUUAACCUUCCUGUUUCUUAGUUUCCAAAUGUUUAAAAUGGAAAUGAUGAUAAUGACAGUACCUGCUUGUCAGGACUUUUGUGAGGAUUGAAUGGGUUGAUGUCUAUAAACCACUUAGAACACAGGAUUGCACAUGGUAUCAACUAUAUAGGUGUCAGCUACUGAUAGUAUCCUUUUAUUAAUUCAUUUUAUCUUUAAAAGAUUUCUGGACUAUUUAAAAGUUUUAUAUCCAUCCCAUGGCCUUGCCCUGCCUCUGCCCUUACCAAACCUCUCACCUACUUGAUUCCCACAGCCUCCUCACUGGUCUCCUCACUUCUAACUUCUUUUAUCAGUCCAAGCCAUAAAGGUUGUCCUGACCUGCAGGCCUUCCCACAUCACUCCUUUAGACAGCACAUCCCAGUGGGUCCUCCCCCCUGAAAGUUCAGAACCCCUAGUGUUCACAUAACAGCUGACCUCAUUGCCUCACUUCUCACUGCUUCCUGCCUCUGGCCUCGAUGGUAUCAUGGUUCCUGCUGAGUGAGGCAGGGCCAGGUAUUUCUUUAUAAAUCCAGCUUGUGUUUCUCAGCAGCUGCCCUGGGCUAGGCAGUGGGCUAGGUAUAGAACCUCCUUCACACUCCCCCUCCUCAUCCUGGAAGCUGGAAGUGCUCACAGAGAGACCUGAGUUCAAGGCCUGCCCCCACCACUUAUUUAUCAAGAUAUUUCAGCUCAGUUGUUCCUUCAGCAAAUAAUUAUUGAGCUCCCAUUAUGUGCUCUGUGUUCUGGAAAUAGUUGUGAGCACUAUGAAAUAGUACCCCCUCUUGGGUUGUUUAUAUUGUUGGGGUGGGACAGGGAAAAAGGUGAUAACUUAGUUAACAAAUGCUAGUAGCACUGAUAGCUGACAGUUACGUAGUGUUUACUGUGUGCCAGGUCCUGUUUGAUGUGCUUUACAUUAUUCAGUCAUUUAAUUCUCACACAAGCCGAUGAGAUACCAUUACUAUCCCUAUUCAACAGAUGAGGAAAAUGGAGCCCCAGAGAGAUGAAGUAAUUUGUGCCAAGGUCACAUGGCUAGUAAAUGGCAGAGUUGAAAUUCACAUCCAAGCGUCUGGCUUCAGAAUAUGCUUGUGACCCUAUGUUACAAAAUAAAAUUUAAUUGUGAAUCACAAUUUAUGAUUUAAAAAUUUUCAGAGAUUGGAGAAAUUAAAAACAUAUUAUGUAAAUUUAAUUGUGAUUCAUGUGAGGUAAAAAAGAAAUGAACUAAAUACUGUGCUAGAGAGUAUUGAAAUUUCUGUGCUGGGGGAUGCUAUUUGAAAGGUGACAUUUGAGCAGAGCACUGAAGGAUGCAAAGAAGCCAGUCAUGUGAAGAACUAGAUGAAAAGAAUAGUAUUCUGGAUAGGAAAUAUCCCAGGUAAUAAAAUAAAAAUUCUCUGUGGGCCUCAGUAUUUUCAUCUGAAAUUGGGGGCAAAGGAUCUUGUAGGUCUGCUGGGAGAACUGUGUUUUAGCCAGGAGUUGAACAAGGGGCUGGCUUAGUUUUAUUUGCAUUGUACACCUCUCCAAGGGCUGACGAUAGGGAGCUGUGGGCAGUGCUGACCCUGGAAAUGCUCUGAAAGCUGUCUGUGGUGCCUCGGCUCCCAGACACAGACCCCUUCACAGAAGAGGGCUGGCGGUGGGGCUAUCCGUGAUGCUGACAUCUUGGACCAGCGACUUCCAGAGGAGCCCGAGGUCUUGGAUUGCGAAUCUCUGCAGCCAGAUGGAGCAGCUGGAGCGGGAGAACCAGCAACUGAAGGAUGGGGCUGCCGGUGCAGGGGCUGCCCAAGCCGGGAGCCUUGUGGAUGGGGAGCUGCUGAGACUGCAGGCAGAGAACACAGCCUUGCAGAAGAAUGUGGCAGCCCUGCAGGAGCGCUAUGAGAAAGAGGCUGGGAGGCCCCCAGCUGCCAUUGAGGGUCAAGGGGACCCCCCGAGGAGCCCAGCUCCCCCUGUCCUGGCCCCCAUGCCAUUGGCAGAAGUGGAGCUGAAAUGGGAAAUGGAGAAGGAGGAAAAGAGAUUGCUCUGGGAACAACUGCAAGGCUUGGAGACCCUGAAGCAGGCUGAAACAUCCAGGCUGCAGGAAGAACUUGCUAAGCUCUCCGAGAAACUGAAAAAGAAACAAGAAAGUUUUUGCCGUCUGCAGACAGAAAAGGAGACACUAUUCAAUGACAGCCGGAACAAGAUUGAGGAGUUACAACAACGGAAGGAAGCUGAUCUCAAAGCCCAGUUGGCUCGAACUCAGAAGCUGCAGCAGGAACUCGAGGCUGCCAAUCAGAGCUUGGCAGAGCUGAGAGAUCAGCGGCAGGGGGAGCGCCUGGAACAUGCGGCAGCUCUGCGAGCCCUACAAGAUCAGGUGUCCAUCCAGAGUGCGGAUGCGCAGGAACAAGUGGAAGGACUUUUGGCUGAGAACAAUGCCUUGAGGACUAGCCUGGCUGCCCUGGAGCAGAUCCAAACAACAAAGACCCAAGAGCUGAAUAUGCUCCGAGAACAGACGGCUGGGCUGACAGCUGAGUUGCAGCAGCGGCAGACUGAGUAUGAGGACCUCAUGGGACAGAAAGAUGACCUCAACUCCCAGCUCCAGGAGUCAUUGCGGGCCAAUAGUCGGCUGCUGGAACAACUUCAGGAAGUUGGGCAGGAGAAGGAGCAAUUGACCCAGGAACUACAGGAGGCUCGGAAGAGUGCUGAGAAGCGGAAGGCCAUGCUGGAUGAGCUAGCCAUGGAGACGCUGCAGGAGAAGUCCCAGCACAAGGAGGAGCUGGGAGCGGUCCGACUACGGCAUGAGAAGGAGGUGCUGGGGGUGCGUGCCCGCUAUGAGCGGGAGCUCCGCGAGCUGCACGAAGACAAGAAGCGGCAGGAGGAGGAGCUCCGGGGGCAGAUCCGCGAGGAGAAGGCCCGAACGCGGGAGCUGGAGAAUCUCCAGCAGACGGUGGAGGAACUUCAGGCUCAGGUACACUCUAUGGAUGGAGCCAAGGGCUGGUUCGAACGGCGCUUGAAGGAGGCUGAGGACUCUCUGCAGCAGCAGCAGCAGGAACAAGAGGAAGCCCUCAAGCAGUGUCGGGAGCAGCAUGCCAGAGAGCUGAAGAGCAAGGAGGAGGAGCUGCAGGGUGUGCGGGAUCAGCUCCAGCAGGUCCAGGAGGAGCGGGACUGCCAUCUGAAGACCAUCAGCAGCCUGAAGCAGGAGGUGAAGGACACAGUGGAUGGGCAGCGAAUCCUGGAGAAGAAGGGCAGUGCUGCGCUCAAGGACCUCAAACGGCAGCUGCACCUGGAGCGGAAACGGGCAGAUAAGCUGCAGGAGCGGCUGCAGGACAUCCUCACCAACAGCAAGAGCCGCUCAGGGCUCGAGGAGCUGGUUCUCUCAGAGAUGAACUCACCAAGCCGGACCCAGACUGGGGACAGCAGUAGCGUCUCCUCCUUCAGCUACCGCGAGAUCUUGCGGGAGAAGGAGAGCUCAACUGUUCCGGCCAGGUCCUUAUCCAGCAGCCCUCAGGCCCAGCCCCCGCGGCCAGCAGAGCUGUCGGAUGAGGAAGUGGCUGAGCUCUUUCAGCGCCUGGCAGAGACGCAGCAGGAGAAAUGGAUGCUGGAGGAGAAGGUGAAGCACCUGGAGGUGAGCAGCGCGUCCAUGGCGGAGGACCUCUGCCGAAAGAGUGCCAUCAUUGAGACCUACGUCAUGGACAGCCGGAUCGAUGUGUCUGUGGCAGCAGGCCACACAGACCGCAGCGGGCUGGGCAGCGUCCUGAGAGACCUAGUGAAGCCAGGCGACGAGAACCUUCGGGAGAUGAACAAGAAGCUACAGAACAUGCUGGAGGAGCAGCUCACCAAGAAUAUGCACUUGCACAAGGACAUGGAAGUUCUGUCCCAGGAAAUUGUGCGGCUCAGCAAGGAGUGCGUGGGGUCCCCUGACCCGGACCUAGAACCGGGAGAAGCCAGCUAAAGACCUGCAGGCUGCACCCACUCCCUCCCCUCCCCACUCCUCAAGACACCAUUCCUUUGGCCUGUGGUGGGAAAGUGGGGGCCGGCGCCAAAAUCAGAUAGGUCAGGAAACAGGACAUUAAAGGGGUUGGAGGCCUGAUGGCUGGUGUUCGUGACCCUGUCUUAGGGCCGAGGCCCCUGGGGAGUGGGGAAUCCUGAGGGGAGGGACAGGGAUUUCUCCUCCUUUUUUGGCCCUGGCUCCCAGGGGCCUUUGCCUUCAUCUCUGCAUGAGCUCUCCCUCCCAGAGACCAACUCUUUUUUAUUUUAUUUUAUUUUUUAAUUUAUGUCUGGAAGCCUGGCUACUCUGCAUUUGGGUUUGGGGAUGUUGGGUGGGGCGUGGUCCAUGUUCAGCGUUCUAGCAACGUGUGUGUGUGUGUGUGUGUGUGUGUGUGUGUGUGUGUGUGUGUGUGUGUGUGUGUGUGUGUGUGUGUGUGUGUAAAGGCUAUGCAGCCAAAAUACCAUCUGGCCAGACGGGCCCACCCACUGA